AUGGCUACAUUGGACGACUUGAGAAAUUUUGUCCGCUCCUGCCCAGUGAUAGACAAUCACGCGCAUAACCUUCUGCUUCCUUCGAAACAGGAAGCUCACGACCUCUUGACCGCAACUACAGAAGCCCAUGGAGCUGCUCUCCAAGACACCAAAACAUCGCUAUCACACAUCCGAGCUGUCCGCCAGUUGCGCGAGCUCUAUGAUCUCCAUGAUAGUGCAACAUGGGAUGACUUGAUGGAAAAGAGGACAGAUUUCUUACAAGGUGAUUUCGAGAGCUUCCUUCGGAGAUGCUUUACUGGCAUACACACCAUCCUCAUGGACGAUGGUCUGGACGACACAACAGUCUACUUGUACGACUGGCACGACGACUUCAUCCUUGACAAGACACUACGGAUCGUUCGCAUCGAGACCUUGGCUGCAGACAUUCUGCGUGAGAUGCACAGGAAGGCUACUCUUCCUAUUGGACCAGCUAUACACAACGACGACAUGUGUGCCGAAGCCUGGAUUGCCUUUCUCCAAGCUUUUGAGACCGCCAUCGUCACCGAAAUUAACGAUCCGGAUGUCGCUGGAUUCAAAUCUGUGAUCUGUUACAGAACCGGUCUGGACGUCAAGAUUGCUGGAGAUGUUCAAGUAGCCACCAGUGGCCUUGAGGCAUUCCAGAGCGGCUAUCUUCCAGAAUGCGUGCAAGAUGAUUUCCGUGUUGGGUCCAAGGGAUUGAACGAUAGUCUUGUCAUUUCAACAUGUCGACUUCUGAGCGCAGCGGCCAAGCAAGACUCGAUCAGCAAACCGCUACAGUUCCACACAGGUCUUGGUGAUGCAGACAUUGAUCUGCUGCUGUCCGACCCAUCACAUCUCCAGCCUCUCAUCACUGCUUUCCCCGACGUUCAGAUGAUCCUUCUCCACGCGUCUUACCCUUACAUGCGUCAAGCCGGCUACCUAGCGACGGUCUACAAGAACGUCUAUCUUGACCUUGGUGAAGUAUUCCCACAGGUCAGCAGAAACGGGCAAGAGACUAUUCUACGUCAAUGCAUGGAGAUUACGCCGUACUCAAAACUGCUUUUCAGUACUGACGCCCAUCAUUUUGGCGAAGUCUACUGGCUUGCCUUGAAGCAGUUCAGACAAGCGUUUGAAAAGGUUCUGGUUGAGUAUGUAGAGAACGAUGACCUUACGGCUACGCAGGCCAUUCAGGCUGCAAAGGACAUCUACUUCAACAACUCGAAACGGAUUUACAAUCUUGACGUAGAGCUGCCAGAGAUGCAACCCGUAGGUCUACCAGAACAAUCUACGCGAUCAGGAGACUUGGACGCUCUUACACGACGAGCCAGAGCACAGAGCAAUCGCGAAGCUAGGAUCAUGCAAGCUCCUCAGCCUCCGCAGCUCGCAUGGAAGGAGCCUGAGUCACAAAAGGAGCCUUACGACUUGGACGCAUUCGCGACCUUUUUCGAACAGUACUCAGAGUUGAAGUUCGUUUACGUCCAAUGGCUUGACUACCUUGGUACGCUACGUGUUCGUAUGAUGCCAAUCGCUGAAUUUCGCCGCUUGAUUCCAAACGGCGAGCGUAUCGGCAUUUCACUGGGCAAUACAGGGACUCUACAGAAUGACCGUGUCACAUCGGCAAUCUCAUCCGCCGGCCAAAUCUAUGUCGAACCUGACAUUUCGACGUUGAGAAUCACGCAUUCUCGAGAUCCGCUAGCUUCAGCGACAGUGUUGGGGUCUUUCUGUAAUGAGGGCGGUCGUCGCUUGGAUUGCUGUCCGAGAAACACUCUUCGUACUCUGGUGGAUCGCUUUUCAGACGACCAUGGAAUCACAUUCCUUGCUGGGUUUGAGAUCGAAGUGGUCUUUCUCAAGCAGGAUUCGGAAAGCCAGUACAGUCCAUGGACCACAAAUCACGCCUGGGGAACGUUUACGCCCGAGCAAUUCGAAAUCGCACUUCCGGUACUUGCAGAAAUUGCUGACGAGCUGUCAAAUAUCGGUAUCGAUGUCCAACAAUUUCACUCCGAGUCUGGUGCUGGACAAUAUGAAUUCGUGCUGCCGCCUUUGCCUAUCGUCGAGGCAAUUGAUACACUGGUACAAGCCCGCCAAGUGGUUCAACAGAUUACUCGCUUGCACAAACUCCGCGCUACACUGCACCCCGUGCCGCUCAAGGGUGUCAGCUCUGGCCAACACGUUCAUAUCUCGCUCAACUCGACCGCUCAAUCCCCCCAAGAUCUGGCCAAGAACGAAUUCUCCUUCUUCGCCGGUGUUCUCGAACAUCUACCUUCUCUGUGUGCUUUUUUGCUUCCCAACGAAGCAAGUUACACCCGCAUCGCCGAUGACAUGUGGACCAGUGGGACUUGGGUGGCUUGGGGCACGCAAAACAGAGAAGUGCCGCUGCGUAGAGUCAGCGAAGGACGAUGGGAGAUUCGCUGUCUCGAUGGCUUUGCGAAUCCAUACCUUGCUCUUUCUUCUGUGCUUGCUGCUGGUCUCAAUGGUGUGGAGACUGAAAAGCAGAUGGUGAUGAAGGAUUGCAUCACAAACCCAGCACAGUUGACUGAAGCUCAAUUGAAUACACUCGGUAUCGCGAAGAAGAUGCCUACUUCACUUGAGGAUUCACUACGAGAGCUUGAGGAAGAUGGGAUGUUGAAGCGAUACUUGAAUGAGAGAUUAAUCAACGAUUACGUGGUCAUGAAGAAGGCCGAGAGGGAAAUGCUUGACGAGAUGGACGAGAAGGAACGACAUGCAUGGUUGAUUGAGAGGUAUUGA